UCGUUUUGGUAGUAUGUUAGUGAAUAGAAAAAAAUUCAAUGAAUAUCCUUUCUCUAAAUCUAUUUCACCAUCAAUUGAUAUGAAUACAAGUAGUAGUCCAAGAGAAGAGCAAGUCUCGGAAGAAUUUAUCAUUAAUGGUAAACGUUACAGGCAAAUUUAUCAAAGACGUGUUGUACUGGAAAGGAAAACAACAAGAGAUGUAUUUUUUCUUCCAAGUAGUAGUAAUACUGACACCAAAGUUGAAUUAUCAUCCAAUCAAAAUCACUAUGAAUAUAAAUCUCCACAUUAUGAUGAACGUGUAUCAAGUAUGACGGCUACCGGUGAAGAUUCCUCCACUGCAACGAAAUCAACUCAUUCAUCCAAUGGUGGUUAUGUUAUCCAACGACCUGGUCUAGAUCUUACUGUAUUGCAUACAAAUAGAAAUUCACAAGUUAAUGAACCAUGCCUAUCACCAGCCAUUAUUGUAAGAUCUGUGAAUAACAACUGUGUGAAUUCAUACACUACUAGUGGUCAUUCAAAUUGUUCCCAAUGUAAAACUACUAAUCAAUUAUCAUCGAAACCCAAUGAUACUAUCAAUUCAACUGUGUUAACAACACAACAGACCGAUAAUAAUAAUACGGACGAAUCAAAUAUAAAUGUAUCUGGUGUUGUGAAACGAUCGAAUUCAAGAGCUCGUAGUAUUGUUCGCAAUCUUUCCAAUUCAAUUAAACGUUCUCUAUCUACUGGUAUUCAAAAUACACGUGGUUUAGUGAAACCGAUGCCAAACAAAUCGAAAGAUCCGGAAUCAAUAACAGGGAACAAUCAUCAAUCUAGCAAAUCGAUGAUCAAUCAUCAUGAUUUAUUAUCGAUUAACACUUUAAAACAAGAUGAACAACAGUUGAAUAACACUGCUGAACUAAUUGAACCAAAAUCAAAACAAAUCAUGGGUUACAUGUACAAAUUCGGUGUUUGGGAUGAUCAACAACCAGUUUUAGAUCCACGAUUACCGGUAUUUUUGAAUCCAUCUGUAAAUGCAAAUGAUGCAAAUUUAACAGGUACCGUUAUUCCUACUGCACCUGAAUGGCAUCAUGAAGAAGUUGGUUUAGAGAAUAUAGAAAAAUUUCAAGGUGCUUAUGUUCGUGGUCGUACAGUGGCUUGUUUGCAAAGAUUUACACAGCAUAGUUUAGCUAGUGGUAAAGCAUUGCAUCGAAGUACUUAUGUACAGCAGACAAGACUAGUUCGUCAA